CCGGAGCCCGGGACCUCCACUGCAGGACGCAGCCAGGAGCGGGCAGGAAGGGGAGGGCCCUGCGGGGCGAGGGGGAGCCCCCGCGGGCUAGGGCUGGUUCGGAAAAGCUGCCUCACGGGCGCGCCCGCCGGCCCUGCGCGCGCUCCCUCCUUUCCUCCCAGCGCUCCCCUCUCGGGCCUUCCUUCCAGUCUUCGCUGCGCUGUCCUGGAGGCAGCGCUCGCAACAGCCUCGCCAUGUCCCAACCGGGGCGGAAGCCCGCCGCGUCCCCGCGACCACGGCGCGCUGCCGCCUCCCGCCAAGCCCAGGAGCAUGCCAAUGAAAAAACCAGUGGAUCGCCUUCCAAGUCAGGAGAAAAGAAAGGAUCCGAUGAGAAAAAAGCAACAAGCCUUGGGAGCAGUCAGCCCUCCAGAACCCGGGCUGGCGGAACAGCCCCGGCCGCCAAGGUGUCAGCUGCCUCUGCUUCAACCAGCAAGUCUUCCGGUAUGAAUCCCACAGAAGCCAAGGCUAUUCCAGUAAGUAAACAGAUGGAAGGACCUCAUUCUCCUAACAAGAAAAGACACAAAAAACAGGCUGUAAAAACAGAAUCUGUGAAGUCACAGUCAACUAAGCCAUCUGUAGUUUCUGAGAAAAAAUCCCAAGAAGUAAAGCCAAAGGAACACACAGAGCCAAAAAGCCAACCCAAGCUUGCAUCAGAUACAGGAAGCAAACAUGCUCAUACUGAAAAAGCAGUUUCCAGAUCAAGUGAGCAGCCAACUUCAGAGAAAUCAACAAAACCAAAGACUAAACCACAGGACACAGCUCCCCCUGGUGGAGAGGGUGCUGCUGGAGUGGCUGCGGCAUCUGGCAGACCAAAUGACAAGAUAAAAGAAAAAUCAUUAACGCUGGCUACCCCAGUUGAAUCCAAACUGGAUAAACCAUCUGGAAAGUCAGGCAUGGACACUGCUUUGGAUGACUUAAUAGACACUUUAGGAGAGCCUGAGGGAACCGAAGAAGAAAGCACAACAUACACUGGACCUGAGGUUUGGGAUCCAAUGACUUCUACCUACAUAGAGGAAUUGGGUAAAAGAGAAGUCACAAUUCCUCCAAAGUACAGGGAACUUUUGGCUAAAAAAGAAGGAGUCACAGGGCCUCCUCCAGACACUUCAAAACCCAUGGGGCCCAGUGAGGCCAUAGAUGCCUUGUCAUCUGACUUUACCUGCAGCUCUCCUGCCGCUGGUGGAAAGGAGACUCAGAGAGAGAAAUCCACAGGAGAGGUUUUAAAAGCUCAGUCAGCCACGGUAAUUAAAACCGCUGCUCCACCCCAAGAGAAGAAAAGAAAGGUGGAGGAGGAUACAAUGAGUGACCAAGCGCUUGAGGCUCUUUCAGCCUCUCUGGGCAGCCGGGAGCCGGAACCUGAGCUGGACCUCAGCAACAUUAAGGAAGUCGAUGAGGCAAAAACCAAAGAAGAGAAGCUGAGGAAGUGUGGUGAGGAUGAAGAGACAGUCCCAUCGGAGUACAGAUUAAAACCUGCCACGGAUAAAGAUGGAAAACCACUACUGCCAGAGCCAGAGGAAAAAUCCAAGCCCCUGAGUGAAUCAGAACUCAUUGAUGAACUUUCAGAGGAUUUGGACCCAUCUAAAUAUAAAGAAAAACAAUCCAAGCCAAUUAAAAAAACCAAAGAAUCUGAGGCCACCACCAUGACCCCUGUGCAGGAGCCUGUGCCUCGGACCUCCAUGUGUAGUGUACAGUCGGCACCCCCCAAGCCACCUGCCGUGGGCCCGGCGCCGGACGAUGCUAUAGAGGCCUUGGCUGGUAGCCUGGGGAAAAAGGAAGCAGAUCCGGAAGAUGGAAAGCCUGUGGAGGAUAAAGUCAAGGAGAAAGCCAAAGAAGAGGAUCGUGAGAAACUUGGUGAGAAAGAAGAAACAAUUCCUCCUGAUUAUAGAUUAGAAGAAGUCAAGGAUAAAGAUGGAAAACCACUCCUGCCAAAAGAGCCCAAGGAAUCACUUCUGCCCUUGAGUGAAGACGUCCUUCUUGAUGCUUUCUCUAAAGACUUCACCAGUCCCCAAAACAGUUCAUCUCUUAAGUUUGAAGAUGCUAAAGUCUCUGCUGUUGUGUCUGAAGUGGUUUCCCAAACCCCAGUUCCAGCCACCCACUCUGCAAGCCCACUAACCCCGGAUACUCCACAGAGUGACAGCAAAGAACUUGACGAUGCCCUGGAUCAGCUUGCUGACACUCUAGGGCAGAGGCAGCCUGAGCCAGAUGAUGACAAACCAGUAGAGGAUAAAGUCAAGGAAAGAGCUAAAGCUGAACAUAGAGACAAGCUGGGAGAAAGAGAUGACACCAUCCCUCCUGACUACAGACACCUCCUGGAUAAUGAUAAUGAGGGCAAGCAAGGAAAGCCACCUACAGAGAAAUCUGAGGACUCAAAGAAACAUGCAGAUGACAAAGACCCCAUCGAUGCCCUCUCCGGAGAGCUUGACAGCUGCCCCUCAACGACAGCAGCCUCAGAGAAUACAGCAAAGGACAAAGACAAGAUGAAGACAACUGCUUCCAGCUCCAAAGCACCCAAAAGUGGGGGUAAAGCAAAGGAUUCUGCAAAGGCAAAGAAGGAAACUUCCAAGCCAAAAGCUGAUGAAAAAAAUACAAGUUAAAGUUCACACUGGUAUCUGCAUAUAAAAUCUUCACUGGUAGAUGGUGACUCUUGCAGAACAAAAGCCUUGGACAACAUAAAAUUUUUCUGGGUGGCUUCUAGAGAAAGUGGUAUUUGUUGGGUCUUUGAUAUCCUAAACAUUGGUUUGUUAUUCUUUUCCCAGAAAGAAACUGAAUUUGUCUGGUUCACUUGUGUUAUUGUCCUGAGUAUUGAUAAACCCUGAACUUACAAAAAUUGCCUUCAGUUGGGAGAGAAAGGAACUUUAUAUUUCUAAGAGAUAUAUUUGAUAGUUUCUUAAAGCAACACACACAGAAAGGAAAAACAUUUGCAAACUUUUGCACAUUCUACACACAGUGCCUGUAAAUCUCAUUAGUAUGUUCAGUUUGCACUUAAUUUUGUUGCUGUUGUUAGCAUUUGGAAAACAAUGCUUUAAACAUUCUUAAAUGUUCUGAUUUCUCAUUACCCCUUUCCUCUUGGGCUCUUGAACUGUAUUUGAUGCUUUUUUUGGGUUAAUGUUUAUAAGUCAAAUAUAAAAUAUUAUACAUUGGGCACAUAUCUCAUCUUGGGCUGCUAAUAAUAAAUUAAUAGAUUACCUGGAUAGACCAGGAAGCACCACAUCCCUUUUUGGGUUGGACUCUUUUUUGCCAGAGGUUAGGACUUCUGCACCUUACAACCAGCACAAAACAUACUGAGACUUGAAUCAAGUCAGAAGAAAAUGCAGAGUAUAUGUCACCACAGAGCAAGUUCCAAGAAGAAUAAAACCUAGUUCUUAGGCUAUUCAGUGGCUUGAAUCCUGUUGGUUUACUGUGUCAAGCUGGACUGUCAUUUUCUUUAUAUAAAACCUGAGCAGUAAUUGUUUGCUUAGAGCCACUGGCCACAUUAGUCUUUGCACUGUAUAGCAUCUGGCUUCAUGGAAGUUAGGUUUACCAAACUUCUGCUUAAAAAAUAUAUAUCUGAAAUUUUAAAACCUGCUUUUUCCCUCAAAGCAAUUUAAGAACUAGGCUCUGAUGUCACAUAACUUUGAAUGGUUUCUCAGAUCUUUCUGAAUGAAUUGUUUAUGGACACAGCACUGAUGUCAUUGAUGAGAUUUUGAUAAAUAUUUAAUUUCAUCUUUAUUUCCUGGUAGUGAAUGCAGGCAAAGACAUCAGGCAUGUGUCAUAAAACUGAUUGAGAAUUUGUUUCAGAGAACACAGCCUUCCUUAGCAUCUGUUUAAAGUCUUUAUUUAUUAGGUCUAAGCAGACUUCACUAAAAAUAAUACCACAAAUACUGUCUAAUGGCAGAGAGCGGGCAAAAAUAAUAAUACUGCUUAUAUUGGAUACAUUUUGUCACUCUAAAAAUUCUUUAAAAGUAAUGUACAUACCUGUAAGAUUUCAACCUCCACCCACGUUAAAUGCUAUGUCUCUAUCUUAUCAGAGAUGCAGACACUAUUAUGUUCUAAAUCUGGGAAAUAUAAGCCAGUAUUAAGGUGAAUAAACCUUUUCAAGGCACUCAGAAGAAAAUAAAAAACACUUUUCCUGAA